UUUUUUGAAUGUCUGAAUUUUGUGUCAAAAUUCUUCGGCUUGGGGGUAACAAAAAAUAGUGUUUAAGGCUUGUCUGUUUCCAAACUUUAAAGGUUAGGGACAACGCUAUGGAAAUUUGAUCACCGAGUCUGGGAGCAGUGUAAGGGGCUGAGAGGCAAGAUGGCAUUGGCAUCCGAGGACAACUCUUCGUACUUAAAUAUGGAACGCUUAAAAAAGACCCAGAAGCUCAUCCACCUUUAUCGAUCAUACGAAUGCCUAUGGAAUCCCCAAUCUCCUGGUUACCACAGCAGUACUGUAAAGGAUGACGCUUGGCGAAGGAUAACUCUCCAUAUGAAGAGCGGUUUAACCCCUGACCAGGUAAAGCUGCAGAUACUCGGCCUCCGAAACUAUUACUCCCAGGAAUGUUCCGCCCUUCAAAGGAGUCAGCAAGAAGGUUAUAGUUAUGUUCCCAGGCACUCUUAUUUUCAGGACCUGCAAUUCUUGGGUAACCUGGAUGUUGAAGGAACAAACGAGCCCAAGGCCAGUUUUAGCAUGGGCCAAGUCAAUGACCUCCUGGAGGAUGCUUUUAUUCUAGACGACAGUAGUACUAUUAGAGCAAACAAUUCGCCAAACUUUUCGGAGGCCACAUUCUUUUCUCCUUUAGCUUCAUUGAGUCCCUGCGCUAGUUUAACCAAAGACGGUUACACCUUCUAUAAGAUGAUAUUAGAACCUGAACCACCCAAUGAAGUGGAACUAAGGGAGUUUAAAAAGCGAUCCACCUCUGGCAAUGACCGCUGGUACCCCACGAGCUACUGUGUGAAGUGCAACCAAGAGGAAGAAGGAAGAGGUCAAAGCAGUGGGAUUAGUACUGAAAGUAAAAGUUCCUCGGAUGGGAAUCAUUGUGGCUGUAGCAAUGAGUGCUCGUGCUCAAACCAAUCUCAGGAUAAGCCAAGAAACUUGACAAAUCGAAACGGUGUUCAGUAUCGAACACAGGAUCAAAUUCCCUUACCGAACAGCCAUAAGCGCUCUCCGCGAACCCAUCAAAAUGGCGUCUUUGUGGAUCUGGGCAACUGGUACGAUGGGGCGUCCACCAAUAAUGGAGAGCGCAACGAUAAGUGGCCAGGUCCCAGACUAUGUUCUCAAAACCGCCAGGGAUGGCAGCCCAGAUACCGCAAAGUAGUCCCAAAUGAUGAUCGAAAGUCCAAGUGCGGGAGUUGGAAGCGGAAUAAUGAUGCCAUAUGCCAGCGUCUUCAGGAUCAGUUGGCGAGGCAGGAGAACCAAAGUGGACGUUACUCCGAAGGAGCCUCCGAAGAAUUCUCUGCCCAGAGUGAUCGUCGGCGGUCGGGCGAUGAUCAGUUGAAUGCGGUGCUAUCAGAGAAGAAGGCUCAGAAGAAUAGGAACACCCAGAACCCUCCCAUUGAUCCGGCUCAGUAUAACAACAAUCAACCGAUUUCAAAUCAGGCUUACUAUAAUACAACCCAACCGGUUGAAAAUCAAUGCUAUUGCGAUUCUAACCAAUCAAAUGUGGAUCCCCAGCGAUGUAGUACUUAUGGAUGCCAGUGCAUGUACUGCAAUCGAACUGUGGUUCCAUCCCAGGGGAAUUACUACGUAACGCAGCAGAUCGAUCAGAAUAACCCAGGUUAUUCCAGAGCAGCUCCCCCAGAUAAUCAAGUGGGACAGGCUCAACCUUAUGGAGAAGCGAAUUAUUUUAACGAGUACGGACAGCCUGCAUAUCCCAAUCAACAGCAUGUCUACUGCAUCAAUACAGAAAAUGCAGAAAUGUGGGUAAGGGGUCAGUCCGCGUCUGGAGCUCCAAGUCCUGCCCAGGUGCCCGUGACUCCGCUACCUAGGUCUUGGCCGCAGGAAAUGGAAAGUGGCCUACCUCAGCCAGGUAGUCAGGCCGUAAGUGCUCCUCCCCAAAGUCUAGACAAGAUCUUUUCAUCAAAUAUAAAUAAAAUACUUCAGCCCGAACAACCUAUUCAGCAUCCUACAGCAAAAAAAAGACCAGUGCCACCGCCACGGGAUAUUGAAUAUGUGGAGUGCCCUGCCUAUAAAGGGGUACAAAAAUCAAGAAGGGGAAAUUACCAAAGUCAACGAAGAACUAAUGAUUCUGAGGACUCUGUUGAUGGAAACGAUCAACCGAGAAGAUCAUAUGACGAAGGCAGCCGAACUCGAAAGAGACAACGUAAUCAAGAUUCAGAUCGUCAAGUUCCGGGGGAAAAUCCGUGUAAGUGUCCAGCUAGCAGCCGCAAUCCAAAUGAAGAACUUCCUACACAAAGGCGACCUCGCAAUGAUGAUGGGGUUGUUAGUAACCCCAAUUCCAACUAUGAAAAUUCUCCUUCUCCACGGCGGGGCAGCUCAAACAAAUCAAAAGUUUUUCAACUUCAAACCGACGAUUCUCAAUAUAUAGAGUGUCCAGCGUAUAAUCGUGAAAAUCCCAAGGAAUGUCCCAAUUUAAAAUGCAGACUAGACGAUCCCAGUCAACCAAACCGCGAAGAAAGAAGCGUCCGAAGAAAAAGACCCCCUUCAGGGGACCGGGACUAUGAUGAGGAGGAAACUCCAAGUUCAAGGAGAAGACCCCAAGGUCAAGAUAGAAGUAGUCCAGAAAACGGUGACUAUGAAGAGCAAAAACAAAGUGUCAGGGAAAAAUACGCUGGUCAAAGGCAAGAUGAUAGUUCUCGGAGCAAGAGAAAAUCAGAUGAUGAAGCUUAUAGGUCAAAAAGGCGAAAGGAAGAAAACUGCACCGACAAAACCUGUCUGUUUAGAAAUUCUUCUAAGCAAUAUAAUGAUCGUUCCGGUCGGGAAACGGGUAACCCAAGAAGUGGUAAUGGCAAUGGUAAAUAUCAAAGCUCCAAAACAAAGUAUAAGGAGUGCAAUGAUUCUACGUGUCCAUAUCUUAAAUCUGGCGUAGUAAAAGCAUCCCCUCAAGAAAAGUCGCGAAAGCAACGAGAUCAAUCCUAUCCAAAAGAGUACGACGAGGAAGAAAGUGAAGUCAGAAGAAAGUAUAGAAGUGAGUCCCCAGCAAAAAGGCCACCACGGGAUUUUAACAAAUUUGAAGAUUUCGAAAAAAACCAGAAAGAUGUUAGGAGCUAUAGGCGAACGAGAAAUGAAGCUCCCUCUGAUAUUGAUGAUUCAGAUGACAAUGUGUAUAAGUCAGGAAGAUAUCAAAAUGAUAAUCGCAACUAUUAUAAAGACCAAGAUAAUGAUAUUGAUGAUUCAGAUGACAAUGUAUAUAAGUCAAGAAGAUAUAGAAAUGAUAAUCGCGACUAUAAUAAAGAACAAGAAGAUCGGGGGCCUACAGAAAGAGUUAAAAAGUAUUCGAUAAGGGAGGAAAGAAAUUUUAUAAGAAAAGAUAAUGAAAGAUAUCAGAGAGGUUACCGCAAUGGAAACGAUUACAUAAACAAAACAGUAGAUGAGUGCAUGUGUGAAGACGAUUUGGACUCCGAUGAACAGGAUAAUGCCUAUGGUGCCUAUCCUGUGAGGGAGAAUAAGAAUCGAGGUGAGAAGGUAUCGAAUGAUUAUAAAAGAACAGAAACAUCAAGAAAAAUCAAAAGUUAUGAUGACUCGGAAAGUGAGAAAAACAAUUAUCGGAACCGAUAUGAAGACCAGCAACCUUCUUAUUCAAGGGGAACGAACAAGGCAACUUCUUAUUCGAGGGGAAUGGAUGUAUACGAUUCGGAAUAUGACUGCCUUUGCAGUGAUAAUGAAGAUCCUCAAAGCUCUAGGCAAAACAGGAGCAAUCAAGCAGCCAGAAACGAUCAGAGGACCUCAAGCAACACCAAAAAUGAAAUGAAAGAAAAAACCAGAGGAAAUAUAAGCAAUGCAGGGGCCGAUUUAAAUGGUAACGAUUAUCAUAAAUACGAAAACAGAAAUAACAAUAGGGCACCUGAGUCUUCUACGCCAAUUAGAAGUAGACAAGAUAAUCAGAAUUCCGAAGAUCCUGGAAAGAAUGACAGAGAUAAAACCAAUGAAGUAGACGGCUGUUUAUGCGAACCUGAAGGAGGUGAAUAUUACUCUAAAUACCAAAAUGGGAAUACCAAUAGGACGCCAGGGAUUCCCUCGCCAAACAGAAGUAGAAAAGAUAAACAAGAUCCCAAUGAUAUUGGUAAGGAUGACAGAGGUAUAAGAAACGACAUAGAUGUCUGUGAAUGUGAUCCUAAUGAAGCUGAAUAUUCCAAAUACGUAAAAAGCAGCGCCAAUCAACAAGCUAAUGAUAACGAUGUUUCUUGCGAGGAUUGUACAUGUGAUCCAAACGAACCAACGAUAUCUGUGGGCAAGGAACGAAAUCAAGCUGGUAGUAUAUGCAUGGCACUCAAUGCCUUAGCCGAAAGCCAGGAUCACAAAAAAGAAUCCAGCGGGAGGUCCAAGAAACCAUUGAAGAUGGAACGAAAGGAAGCCAAAACCAAGCCAGUAUUUACCAGUGAUAACCAGACGCCUACCGCAAAGAAGAGUUCCCUCCCAAAGACGGGGGUUUUCCCCAGAGUCCAGUCCAGAUCCGCAAGUCCCGCUCAUCUGCCUGCAGCUCUGAAGACUCAACCAGGAGAGCCGAUCAAGAGAAAAACCUCGACGAGGACUGGAGGACCAUCCAGCGCCGCAAAGAGAACCAUGGACACAAAUGCAGCUGCCAACAGCAAGUUGCCCUUUGAUCUAAACUCGGCCGCCUAUUUUAUUUGCAAAUUACAGGACGAAGGUAACAACCAUCAGUACCUCCUUGUGGUGCCAAAGAAGCCGAUUGGACCACCAGAUGGCCAACGGAUGGGCCCAGGACAAGAGUCUGUGAAGCAGCUGCACUGCCAGCGGCAGUGCUCCGGCUUUCAGAGCAUGUCCUGGGUCGAUUCGUCGGCCAUCAGCCAAUCCCAGCCAUCCCAGCAAUCCCAGACGAGGGGAGGUGGCCUAUCCGUACUGGGCUCCUUUAGGGUCCCACCUGUCCUGGCCAGCACGGCGCUGGGCAUAAUCAAGGAGCACCUCAAUAGAUCCACUAAAGACACAAAUCCAGGUUACAGAGAGGCGUUAUCUCCCCCCCAUAAGAAAUGGCGUUCGUUACUAUCCAGAGCGACGUCUUCGAGGCCCAGGAGACCCGUUCUUCGGCCGUCCCACAAAGCCAACGCUCUGAUUCUGGACGAGAACAGGACCUUACUGCUCACCAACAAUCCCUUUCAAGAUUUGAGCUUCGGUGACAACAGGCGAGAUAUUAUAGUGCUACACCCACCGGUUCCAGGUUUUCGGCCCUCUAAGAACUCCUUCAGCAAGGACGAGGUGGAGAUGCAGCACAUCUCAGUCCCCAGCCAGGACACCGAUGUGCAUCGUAAGCCACCCAGGCCGCCUAUAAAACCCAGAAAAAAGCAUCCUCGGUGAUCAAUCCAUAGCUGUAAUGUCCUCACACAUACUUCCCGGCCCUUGAAUCAUCAUAUAAAGAACAGCACCCAACCGAAGCCGAAGGACUCAGCUGCCUUUUAUUCAAUGAGAGAUGUUUUCGGCCAGGAGUCGAGGGGCUUCACGCUUCGCCGCCCACUGUGGUGGCUCCGGAGUUUUGGGAUCUUUCGGGGUUAGCCCAAAACUUG